UCCGAUUCUGCGCAGUUGCAGCUGAUCCGCCUUGACUCAGUUGGCUGAGCUUUUGAGAGUUGUGCGGAAAAACUAAUGAAGUCUAGAAAACUUGAAUCAAACUAUCGAUUUGAGGAAUGAUGAGUGGAAGUGUGAUCGACAACACGAUGUCAUCGGGUAACUCUUCUGUUGCGAUACCGGCAGACAUCAGUGGACACAUAUCAGACCUCGAUGAAGACGAUGACUUGGAAGUUUUCAGCAAGAAUACAACUUUAACAGACGGUAGCUCUUUCAACGCCUCCAUGCAGACGUCCCCCGGUUCAAUGGUCAACCAAUACAAGUUUGAGGAAGAAGAGGAAGAUGGUGAUGCCAAGGACAUUUUUGUCACAGUUGAUAACCCCGAGAGUCACGUGACGGCCAUUGAGACUUACAUAACUUACCGGGUUGUUACCAAGACUACUCGAAGUGAGUUUGAUUCAAGCCAGUUUGAGGUUCGAAGGCGAUACCAGGACUUCCUGUGGUUAAGGGGACGCCUGGAAGAGGCUCAUCCAAUGCUUAUUGUUCAUCCACUGCCAGAGAAGUUUGUGAUGAAAGGAAUGGUGGAGAGGUUUAAUGAAGGUUUCAUUGAGACACGAAGGAGAGCGCUGCACAGGUUUCUGAACAAAAUAGCAGAACAUCCCAUUUUUUCCAGCACAGAGGAUUUUAAGAUCUUUCUCACAGUAGAAGCUGGGGAGUUGACCUCUCACAGGAAACAGGGUCCCGGGUUUCUAAGCAGAAUGGGUGAGACUGUGAGAGCCGUCGCUGCUACAGUCAGAGGGGUCAGAAAUCAGCCUGAGGAAUUCACAGUGAUGCAGGAGUAUGUGGAGUCAUUCAAUCAGAAGAUGAGCUCGCUUGACAAAAUUACACAAAGAAUCUACAGAGAGCGUAAAGAGUACCUGGAGGAGCUGAAGGAAUGUGGUCCCGCAUACAUGCUGUGGUCAAACUCAGAGGAGGAGCUCGCAGAGCCCCUUAAGAGUAUGGCAGGGUGUCUAGACAGAUGCUGUAAGGAGACAGAGGAGCAGGUCAAACAGCUUAAUGAUAACCUGAUUCCAGCCCUUCAUGAAUAUGUCCUCAGUACUGAAACGCUCAAGGCGGUGCUCAAGAGGCGAGACAACAUCCAGGCGGAGGUUGAGGCAAAGACUGAUGCUCUGGCCACGAAGAAGGCCGAAAAAGAAGUGGAAUCUAAGGUGCUGAGUUUAGCAUGGGACAGUUUGGUGGGACGAUCCCCCGAGGAGGUCAAACAACAGAAACGGCAGAAACUUGCGGGCGAGAUUAAGGAGAUGAAAGAUGAGCUAGAUAAGAUGGAAGACCGACUGGAGUGGGCAAAUAACACAUUAAAGGGCGAUUGGUCCCGAUGGCAGAAGGUCAUGAGAACUGAUCUAAGAUCAGCCUUCAUCGACACAGCAGAAAGGAACGUGAACUACUAUGAAAAGUGUUUGGCUGUAUGGGAGUCGUUCUUGUUUUCUCAAAGAGCAGAGGGGGAAGGAAGUGGACGUGUUGACUCUUCUUAAUCUACCAUGGUGCUUUUAGCAGAACAGAGGACACCAAAGAGAGGUUUAUAGUCCUACGAACACAAUAAACUUCACAUUUAGAAACAAAGACAGCCAAAGAGAGACAGUCAACCUAUAUAUCCAGUUGACCAAGAGAGAUCUAUUAGGAAAUAUAAUUUCCUGUUGUUACCAUGUUUGCUCCAAAGUCCAUAUUUUGAUGCUGGGGAUGUUGCCAAAUCUGUUAUACUAAGACAUAUUUUUCAUUUCUGUUUAUGUAAGUACAAAACAUGAGAUUGGGAUUCAGGGGAAGAAUGCAAAAGACUUUAUUACAUCAUCUGACUUUUAGCAUUGUCAUGGUUCCACUGAGGAUUUCAUAUCAUAUAUAUAUAUAUAUAUAUAUAUAUAUAUAUAUAUAUAUUUUUUUUUUUUUAGAUUCAUAUGUCUUGCCCUCUUGCAGAUCAAUGCAAAUUAUGUUUUAUUUUUUAUCAGAGCUGCCUCACUGCAAACAUUUUUUUAAGAUAGUAUACAUACAUUUACACCAAUCAGCCACAACAUUAAAACCACCUGCCUAAUAUUGUGUAGGUUUCCCUCGUGCCACAAAAACAGCACCAACCCACAUUUCAGAAUAGCAUUCUGAGAUGAUAUUCUUCUCACCACAAUUGUACAGAGUGGUUAUCCAAGUUACUGAAGACUUUGUCAGUUCGAACUAGUCUGGCCAUUCUCUGUUGACCUCUCUCAUCAACAAGGCAUUUCUGCCAACAGAACUGCUGGUCACUGGAUGUUUUUUUGUUUUUGUCACCAUUCUGAGUAAACUCAAGAGACUAUUGUGCAUGAAAAUCCCAGGAGAUCAGCAGUUACAGAAAUACUCAAACCAGCCCAUCUGGCACCAACAAUCAUGCCACGGUCAAAAUCACUGAGAUCACAUUUUUUCCACAUUCUGAUGGCUGAUGUGAACAUUAACUGAAGCUCCUGACCCAUAUCUGCAUUAUUUUAUACACUGCACUGCUGCCACAUGAUUGGCUGAUUAGAUAAUCAAAUGGAUGAUUGUUGGUGCCAAAUGGGCUGGUUUGAGUAUUUCUUUAACUGCUGAUAUCCUGGGAUUUUCACACAUAAUUUACUCCGAAUGGUGCCAAAAACUAAAUACAUCCAGUGAGCGUCAGUUCUGUGGAUGGAAAUGCCUUGUUGAUGAGAGAGGUCAACAGAGAAUGGACAGACUGGUUCGAACUGACAAAGUCUACGGUAACUCGUAUAACCGCUCUUUACACUUAUGGUGAGGCGAAUAUCAUCUAAGAAUUCUAUUCUGAGAUGUGGGUUGGAACAGUUUUGGCGGCACGAUGGGUACCUACACAAUAUUAGGCAGGUGGUUUUAAUGUUGUGGAUGAUCGGUGUAUAUGCACAAUAUUAGGCAGGUGGUUUUAAUGUUGUGGAUGAUCGGUGUAUAUGCACCCUGAAUGGAUGCAUUUCCUGCAUUGGACAGAAUAUACCAUUGCAGUAUUGCUUUCAGGUUAAUUAAGUUUCAUGAUUCAUCCAGAAAUCAAGGAGAUAAUGACAUUCCAAAAUCGUUUACAUGGUAUUAUAAUGCAUAAAUCUUGCAACGAUGUAAUUAAAUUAUUGCUUGAUGAAUAAUAAAUGGGUGAAUCUUUUUAUUUUUAAUGUAGUGCACUAAUAUCUUAGUGUAAUCAAAUUGCAAGCUGAUUUGAAAAUACUAUUUUACAGCCCAAUGGUGAAAUGACUCGUGGAAUAGUUUUUUGUUUUUUUGUUGGGGGGGGGGGUGUUGCUGUAAAGAAAAUUGUAAUUGAAAACAGAAUUGUUUUGUGAUGUGUUUUUUUUAUUCACUCUUGUGGGAAAGUGAGCAAACAGAGCUGUAUGUUGGAUCUUAAACUAGGUUACCAUCUCAGCUAAUUUGCAUUAAACAUUAAAGACUUCUUUAAUAACUCUGUGCCAUAAAAUGAUUGAUAUUAUUAGUGGUGUCGAAUAGACUUAAUCCAAAAUUUGGAUAAAGAAACAAGAACUGCUUGGUAGAAAGACAGAAUUUCUUCUUUAAUUUCAGUAUUGACCUGAAGGUGACUUCAUUUUGUCAAACAUAGCAAUAUUUAACAAAACCAAUGCUUGGCUUUACUUAAUGCCAGCGCAUUAGCGCAUGUGGCAGGUCAUUCUGAGCGAUAAUCCUUAAAAAAAAAAAGUCUGUUUGUAAUUAUAUAGCCGUAUAAUUACACUAUUACACCAAAUAUGGAACCUAACAAAUUAUUUUGUGAUUUUCUAUUUUAUUUUUAAAAAAAUUGGUGAUGAUAACAAUGUUAAAUUGAAGAUAUGAAUACAUUUUUCUUACAAAUGAUGUACAUAUACAUCAAUAAAGAUCAAAAGUGUCAAGCCUGUUUUCUUUUUGUGGUGGAGCGAGUGGAAAUAGGGCAAGGAAAAAUCUGAACUAUUCUUGGACAUCAGGAAAAACUCCUUAUUGUUCUGCCUUGCCUAACCACUGGGAUGAGGCAACACAAUUUAUAAAGGAAAAAGUUUUUCCUUAGUCAAAGUAUGUCCAUGUGGAGCACUCGAGUUGCCCGGAACGGGAAGAGGAAUACCAAGCCCAGAAUUUUCACAAUCAAAGACCUCAUCCACUAAAGGGCU